CAUCUUCGGAAUUCCUCCCCUGAUCCUUGUUCUGUUGCCAGUAGCAUCAUCUGAUUGUGACAUUGAAGGUAGAGAAGGCAAAGAAUAUGAGAAUGUUCUAAUGAUCAGCUUCAAUGAAUUGGGCAUGGCAGAGGACCUUAAUAUUGGCCCCACUAAGUGCUGAAUGGUUAAUGAAUGAUUACCUAUUCAGAUGCUACUUCAUGCAGGACAGCAUGAUAGAAAUUGAUAGCAAUUGCCCGAAUAAUGAAUCUAACUUUUUAAAAAAACAUUCAUGUGAUGAUAAUAAGGAAGCUACGUUUCAUUAUCGUGCUGCUCGCAGGUUGAAGCAAUUUCUUAAAAUGAAUAUAAGUGAGAGUUUCAAUAUCCACUUAUCAAUAGUUUCUGAAGGCACAUUAAGACUGUUGAACUGCACCAGCAAGGUUAAAGGAAGAAAAGCACCUUCCUUGGGUGAAGCCCAAUCCAGUAAGAAUUUGGAAGAGAAUAAAUCUUUAAAGGAACAGAAAAAACAGAGUGACUUGUGUUUCCUAAAGAGACUACUACAAAAGAUAAAAACUUGUUGGAAUAAAAUUUUGAGAGAUGCUAAAAGGCCCUGAAAAAUAUGGAGUGGCAAUAUAGAAACAUGUGGACUUUAGUGCAUCCUCCAAGGACCUAUUUGCUCAUGCAAUUUGGGGGGUUACAAUGCCUCCUAGAAGUUACUGAAUGCAUCUUGUAAAAAUGGAUUACAGCCAUUGAAAAAUUCAUACUGUAGUAUUAGAAGAUGAAUGUAAACAAUGGAAAGUGAAUGCUGCGAUCAACAAACUGUAUAUGGACAUAUAUCAGUCUUGAUAUAUUUUGUGUAAUUAAUUCUGUACUGACUUUGUGUAAGACAAUCUAUAUAAGGUAUCAGCUGCAAGAAUGUUUUUUAAACCCGUUUGAAAAUUUCAGGAGAAAAGAGAACAAAUCUAUGAAGUGUAUCAUGGUUACAGCGAUUCAAAAUUAACAUUGUUCAGUUACAAAAAUAUUUUUAUAGCACACAAUGCAGUAGUAUAGUGCAUUAAGAGGGGAAACUGGCAUAUUCUGGGCUGAAAAUGUUUCAGGGUUAACAGUGAGUCACAGGUAAUGCCCUUCAGAGUCAGAUACCUUAGAGGAGCAGCAGCAGCAAGGAGUCCAAGGCUCUUAGGAGAGAUCUCAAGAGACAUAAUUAAAUAUGAAUGUCUAACACAGUGCCUUCCAUAAAUGGAAUAGGCAGACGUUUUAAAUGAAAAUAAAGGAUAAUUUCCAAAGGAAAGAAAAUCAUCUCUCCUAAGGAUGCUAAACCCAGUACUGAGUUAUUACUGUCAUUUAUGUUUAAUAAAAUUUUUCUAAAUGAGUUUGCAAUUCGGGAAGUAUAUUUUUAAGAGAAUAAUGUAUGUUGGCCUUUUAACCAGUGUAAUGUGUAUAUAUAAUUUUUGACACUAAACCUGUAUAUAAAAAUAUUUUCAUACGGUAUUUCAAACAAAUUGCUUACUUUGGAUAACAUUUCUCCUUUGAUUAUAACCUAUGUAUUUACACUGUGAGAUUCAUUUAAUUAAUCCCAAUAGGACUUUUAAGACAAGAUUUUUUAAUUCUGCACCACUAUUUGAUCUCCAAUUUUCAUUGAAUAUUGGACCUUUGAUACUUUGUUACCCAGAAUCUACUAGAUUGGGCCCUCAAACUGUUUAGGAGCAGGAAAGCUGCUUUGCUUUCUGACCAUGUUAAACUGUAGCCUUUAAAAAGAGGCCUUUAUAUGUACUAGACAUGGUCAGGAAAGGUCUGCAAACAGUCCUUAUUCACUUAUAAAGAGAAAUGAACACACUGUUACAGACGGUUGUCUGGGUUCAGAGUCCUAAAACAGCUAUCAGUUGGCAGUUUGCUACAUUAACACCAUUCAUGCUGUCUCACGGCCCCACCACCAUCUAAAGGCUGGCUGACUUCAUUUGAUCUAUAGAAGAUGCUCAUGUAACAACUUCCAUGUGCGGUGGCACCAUCUCUUCAGUCCACGUUUGUCUCUCUGCCUGUCCUUCUCACUCUACUCAGCACAUACCUAGUUUCAUCCCCUCUUGUUGUAUGAUUGUAUAGACAAGUAUAUAGAACUCAAUGAAUUAUCCCAUUAAUAGGGCUUUCAGUCAAGUGUGCUUUCCAUUUGGUUUUCACUGUUAACUCCAGAAAAGGGAGUUGGCUAAACACUUUUUAGGAGCAAAUGAUUCUUCACCAAACCCUUUAUUUUUUAGAUGGGUCAUUAUGAGUAGCCUCUGCUUCCUUCUACCAUAUAAUAGGCCCAACUAUGUGAUAUACCUAAACCCUGAUAAACUGGUGGUAUUGAUAAAUCAUCAGUCAUGGAAAUGAGGAAAUUUAAAUUUCUAAAGUUACUGUUAAAAUUCUGAUUAAAAAUAUUUCAUUGAAGGAUGUCUGUAACAUUUCCUAACAGUAUUGAAAAAAUUCUGAGAUUGUUGCAAAACUAAGAAAUAAUGUUUAAAAAAAUGCCUGAUAAAGGAAUUAUUAAAAUCUUUUUCCUUGAUUUUUAUCAUUAUUUAUGAUAGUUUUGAAUUUUAGAGAACAUUCACACUCAAAACAGUUUAUUGAGCACAUACUGCAUGCCAAAUGCCUAGGGGAAAUGCCCACAAACUUGUGGUUUUAUUUUCCUUCUUUUUUCCUAGCCACAUGCAAGGUAGUUGGAAGCAAAACAGGCUGAUUAAUACAGACUUUGGAUGUCAUAUAUUUUUUACCAUUUUUUGCUCCCCAAUUAAGAGACUUGUUUUGUCUCAGUGAUCAUAGUUCUUUCAAAUGUGUACAUGGAUGCUUUAGAUAAGCAUUUCCUGAAGUUUGUCCUUAAUCCUUAACUACCAAAGAAAAAAAAAGGAUGGGUGGAUUCUGAUUGAUGAGGUCACAUAAUUUUUUCUCUUAUAUAUUCACAAUUCAUGUAGGUUUAUUAAAGGCUCUGAGCACUUAUAUAGCUUUAAAAAAGAGAGUGAUAUUAACCUAGUGUUUCCAAAACUUAUUUGAUUACAGAAUUUCACUUUUAUGAAAAACAAUUAACUAAUACACUUUGGGGAAUAUUUGCUUUAUAUAAAAGAUCUCAGUUUAACAAUCUUUUAAAACAGGCUGUCAAGGAAUCCACUGAAGAAAAAUUUUUUCUCAGAAUUAUAAUAGACUUAUUAAAAUUCCAUCCAUGGGAAACCUGAAUUAGGAAGGUUUCUUUGACUUAGGCCAUACUUUCAAUGACAGACAAAUUAAGAAAAAAAAUACAUUUUAUCAAAUCUGCUAUAAAAAUUUCUCCAGAAAUAAAAAUUUCUCCAGAAACCUGCUAUAAAAAUUUCUCAUCCUCUGCUCUAAGUCAGAUCAGUCUCUUUAUGGUACUCUUUACGUGCUAUCUUCCUUUAUUUAUGACGUUCCUGCUAUUUAGAAAGCUCUUCCAAAUUCUAUCCAGAUUUGCUCAAACUUCAAAGGACAUCUCAAUUCAUUCCUCCUCAAUUCCCAUCACCUCCAUGAUAUUCCCAGAUGAUGAUAUUUCAUCCUUUAGUUGUGCAUAACACUUAUUGCCUGUAUCAAUUGGUUAUUUGAUAAUAUUCAUCUUAAUCCUUUAUUUUAAUAAUUAUUUAAAUUGUUGCUUUUUUCUAUACAUGUUUGUUUAAAAUAUUUCUCUCCCGUGAUGGGACAUAUGAUUUUUUAGUGUUCCCUUCAACUUCUAAUGGGAAAAGCCAGACAUACAGUAAUUAAUAAGUAAAUAUGAAUUGUAUUAAACCAUUCUAUUAUUAAAAUCUAUUUGACUAGUACCAAAAAUGUAUUCCUACAAUAAAAUAUAAAAUACUCAUGGAUAGAUAUGCUAGGACCCAAACAUAACUAAUUUAAGAAAAUAUGACUCCAUAGCUUUGGGUUCUCAAUAUCUCCUUGAAAACUUCUUUGAUUUUUAAACUUUAUUUGCUGUGAAACAUCUCUCAGCCUUGCUUCUGACCAAAUAAUAGAAUCUAUGAAAAUACUGUAGGAUAAAAGAAACAAAACAGGUAGGUAUACCAGUAACUUCCACUUCUAACAGUUUUUAAUAUAUGAAUAUUGAAAUACAUGUGUUUAUCUAGAUCCACACAAUUUAAGUAUUUGAAAAAGGAACAAAAUAGUCAUUUUAUUUGGGAAUAACUUGGGGUUUUGUUUUUGUUUGUUUGUUUUGCAUCCUUUCCAUAUAAAAUGGUAAGAAGUGCAUUUUUAUGUGUAAGGCAUAAAAUAUUGUAAGGGAGCAAAGAAAGUGAAUUAAUUUUAUAUCCAUCUUUUACAUAAAGAAAAUUAAGACAAAUGACACCAUUUAUAAUUUAGGAUUUUCUACUGUUGAUUUCUGAUUCAUACCUUUUCCUUCAAGACUCAAUCCAAAGGUCUCAUCCUUUCUGAAGCAUUCCCACAUCUUCCCCAGUGUCUCCACUCCUCAGCUCAACAAGUAACCCUUAAAAACCUACCAUAUGUUAGUAUGUGGGAGUUGGACAUAUUGAUUGCCAAUUGCCACCUUCAAUGCUUAUCACAAAUUUUCCUAUUUUUGAAAUAAUCUGAUUUAAAUGGGAACUUUUUACUUAAAAAUUGAAUUAGACAGAAAACUUGGUAACAUGUUCUGGAAAUGGUGCAAAUGCCAUCACAAAGGCAAGAAGUCCUGUUUGCAGAGCAUUCAGUCAAGUUAGGUAACACUGUUCUAGUGGGGCCAGAAAGGUCUUCCAGAAAAGACAAUUAUCUUCCCCAUCGUCUCAUUCUUGCCUGGCAUCCCUGAGCUGAGGAAAAGAGGGAAAAGAAAUGGAUCUGUUUUUUUCUGUGAGUAAUCUUAAUUUGUAGACCAAUAAGUCAUUCUGCUUAAAAAAAGUCCAUUUUCACUCUGGGUAAAUUAAAUACCAGGAUUGAGAGUAAUCUUUCACAGCCAGUUGGGGGUUUAAAGAUGCUUCAACUUUUGAAUACAGACCACUUAAUAGGAAAAUGCAACACAAAUACAGAAAUUCAUUCACGCAACAAAUAUUUAUUAGACAUUGAUCUCUAAUGUGCCAUUUCUGGUCCUACGGGUACAACAAAGAAUGCAGAUAAAGUCCCUGCCUUCAUGGAAAUUAUUCCAGGAGGAGUAAUGGUCAAAACAAGUGAGCAAAAUGAUUUCAGACAAUAAGUUCUAUGGGAGAAAUGGGCAAUGAUGACAGAUUGACUGAUGGUAUUUCAGUUAACAUAUCAAUAAAGACCCCUCUGAAGAGGAGUCAUUUGAGUAUAGAAAUAGUUUUAGAAGAAUACAAAGGAAUUUCUUAUUCAUACCUAUAUUUUAGCACUUAUAAUAUUGUCUUGGUUAUAAUUAUUUAUGUACAUGUCUCCUACUACACUGCGAGCCUCUUGAGAGUAGAAAACAUUUUUUUGCAUCAAAAUUUUUAACAUAUAACACAACUGGCAAUAUUUACACAUUUAAUACAUUUAAUUAAAUGGUUAAAGUGAUUUUGCAACAUAUCUAAACAAAAUACUUCAGCUACAGUACAUGACUUCAGAGAAAUAAAUUAUGAAAAUAUCAAAUCUUAACUUUGAAGUAGACUGCUGCACUAAAUUAGUGAUACAUAAGCUUUAUUUAACUUAUUUUGAAAUAAUUUCAAAUAUACAGACUUGUAAAGAUAGAACAGUGUUCCCAUACACCGUUGACCAAACUUUCCUCUAAAUGUUAACAUUUUGCAUAACUAUGAUAACACUUAUCAAAACUAAGAUAUUAACAUUGGUACAUUACUGUAAACUAGGGACUUUAUUCUGAUUUCCCAUGUUUCUACUGAUGUCCUUUUCUCAUUCUAGGAUUCAGUUUAGGAUACAAAUUUGUAUUUAGUUAUCAUGUUUCCCCAGUCUUCUCUAAUCUUUGGUAUUUCCUACAUCUUUCUUUCCUUUCACAACCUUAAUACUUUGGAGAGCAGUGGUCAGGUACUUUUUAGAAUGUCCCUUGAUUUGGGGUUUUUUGCUGUUUUCUCAAGAUUAGACUGAGACUAUGGGUUUGGGGGGAAGAAUGCCACAAAGGUGAAGUGUCCUUCACAUUGCAUUAGAUGAUGCAAUGUGAACACGACUUAUUUGCUGGUGAUGUUUACCUGGAUCUCUUGGUUAAAGUGAUCUAAGUUUCUCCUCUGUAAAGUUUCUCUUUUUCUCUUUCCAUACUGCGGUGUAUCAAGUCUAAAUCCACCCCACACUCAAAUGAAGGGGGAUAGAGCGCCACCUGCUGGAAGGAAUAUAUUAAAGUCACCAGGGUUUAGUGUAUUUUAGGAGGUAUUUUGAGGCUACGAAAUGGCUAUUUCUACUUAAAGUUUUGCCCCUAAUUUUAACAUUCAUCCACGGGUCUUGCCUCCGGCAAUUAUUAUUUUGGCUUGUUAACGGUGAUUUUCUAUUUCUCCUACAUUCAUGAGUUGGAAUUCUUCUGUAAAGAAAAUUCACACCUCUAUUCUUUCAUUCAUUUAUUCAAUACUUUGAGAAUAGACUCAUACUUAUUUUAUUCUUUGGGUUUCAAUCCAAUAUUAUUAUUUAUCUUCUUGCUUAAAUUAUUCCAGUGUAGGCCCUGAGGAGCUCUUUCAGAUGGCUUCCUGUGUUUGACGUGCCCCUGAUCUUUUUUUGGAAGCACUCCUUUAUUUUUUUGACACUGUAAGAGGCUCCAAGCUCAUCUUGGUUUGAUUUUAGGGCUGAGAAAGGAAAACUACAUCUCCAAGGAGCUCUAGUUCUUUUUAUUGGAGAAUGGUAUUUGGAAAGCAAGACCUGGGCAUAAGUAUGCUUAUCUCUACAGGGUUGUUCCUCUCAGAGGACAGUUAGGGAAUAUAUGUCUAUUAACCAAUGUAAUACACAUCUUAAUUUAUUUCUGUAUCUUAUAUAUACAUAUACUUAUUUAUAUAUGUAUCUUUUUUGUAUGUGUAUACGUGUAUUCAUUGUAAUAUCUUUGCCCCUAAUCUAGCACUAUAAAGUUCAUUCUAGCAUUCCUCCUAUCUUUGCCCCUAAUCUAGCACUAUAAAGUUCAUUCUAGCAUUCCUCCUUACUAUAAUGUAGAUUUGUCAUCUGACAAUGAACCUGAAUCUCGUUAUCUAUUUAAUUAUUUAUUCAACUCUAGUAUACAUGCUAGGAUGUCUUUAACCUUACAGUACCUGGUCAAAACACUGUUUCCAAAGUUACUUAGUUCAGCUACUUUCCUCUUCACUUCAUUCAGUGUGGUUGUCUUAUAUUUACAGUACAAUUAGAUAUAUUUGUCUCAGUAUGCAUUCCAUCCUGGAUUAUCCUGGGAUCUGGUUUUUUAAAAAUUUGCACACAGUGAGAAUCAUUCUUAGUAAUGUAUGAUUCUAUGGGUUUUGACAAAUGCAUAAUCAUGUAUCUACUACAAAAGUACGUGCAGAACAAUUACAUCACUCCACAAAUUCCUUCUCCCCAUCCCCAACCUCUGGCAACCACUGAUUUGUUUUCCAUCCCUGUAGUGUUGACUUUUCCAAAAAUGUCAUAUAAAUUUAUCAUAAAUAUGGAGCUUCUAAGUCUGGCUUCUUUCAGUUAGCAAAAUGCAUUUAAGAUUCAUCCAUAUUCUUGCAUGACUCAACCGUUUGCUUCUUUUUAUUGCUGAAUAAUAUUCCAUUGCAAGGAUAUAUCACAAUUUGUUUACCCAUUCACCUGUUUAAAGGACAUCUGGGUUGUUUCUCGAUUUGGGCAAUUUAUAAAUAAAGCUGCUAUAAGCAUUUAUGGACAGGUUUUUAUGUGAACAUGAGUUUUCAAUUCAUUUGGAUAAAUACCUAAGGGUGGGGUUGCUGGGUGAUAUAGUAUGUUUCACUUUAUGAAAAGCAUACCAAGCUGUUUUCCAAAAUAGACAUUUUGGAUUUUUGCAUUGCCACCAGCAAUGAAAGAAAGUUUCUAUUGCGCUGCACUCUUGAGAUAAAUUUUUGUUGAGAUUUUUGGAUUUCAGCCAUUAUAAUAGGUGUGUAGUGGUAUUGUAGUUUUAAUUUGCAUUUCCCUAAUGACUAAUGAUGUUGAGCAUCCUUUCAUAAAUUUAUUUGCCAU